AUGCCUUCAUACCAUUUUGAUACAAUGAAGAACGUCCCGGACCUGUCCGGAAAGGUCAUCCUCAUCACAGGAGGCACGUCGGGCGUAGGAGCGGAGACAGUCAAACAACUUGUAGUCCACAAUCCAAGCAAAAUAUUCUUUACAGGACGCAAUGCGAAAGCCGCCAAUGCCCUUAUCGGGUCUGCGGAAUUCCUUAAUCCGGAUGUACAAGUUCGAUUCAUCCCUUGCGAUCUUUCGGAUCUGAGCUCUGUUCGUCAAGCGAGCAACCGGAUUGCUGCAAAAGUAGCUCGAAUCGAUUGGUUCUUCUGCAAUGCUGGAGUGAUGGCAAUGCCGGCUGGCCUCAGUAAGGAUGGCUAUGAACAGCAAUUUGCAACAAACCAUCUCGGCCACGCUCUCCUGAUCGACCUUUUGAUGCCGAUCUUGCAAGACACAGCGACGUUACCAGGCUCUGAUGUCCGUAUCAUCAUCACAACUUCACAAGCCGCUAUGACACCAUUAGUACCGAAACGUGGGAUUGACUUUGGAAGCCUCAAGACAGAACAGAAGAUGUUUUCAGGGCGAUGGCGUCGAUACGCGCAAUCCAAGUUGGCGAACAUGUUGUAUGCCAAAGCACUGAACCGGCAGUACCCCUGUAUUACCACUGUGUCCGUCCAUCCAGGGAUCGGGUACACAGGACUUCAAGACAACUUCCCUCUUUUCGACCGGUUCAUCAUGUGGGUUACUACGAUAGGCAAGCGAAGUCCCGUAGACCAACUCGCUUGGAACGGAAUUUGGGCUGCUGCAACUCCAAAAGGCGCAUCGAAGACACAAGUACAAGGCGGAGAGUACUACGAGCCCAUCGGCGUCAAACCAAAACCGACUAGCUAUAGCAACAAUACUGCUUUGGAGAAUAAGCUUUGGGAUUGGACGCAAGGGGAAUUAGGAUCAUGGGAGUCGAGAACAGGGUUGAAGGUACGAGGCUCAAUGUCUUUUUCUUCGCAACACUCAUGA